GGCGGCCGGGCCGGGAGAGGCGGGCCGCAGAGCCGAUUGGGUGAGGCACGCGCGAGGGCAGCCCCCGAGGGCCGUCCCAGAGGCCCCCGCGCUGCUGGGGUCCUAAUAGGCAACACCGCCUUCCACCGCACGUGUCUGCAGCGAGAUGCCCAAAUCCAAGCGCGACAAGAAAGUCUCCCUAACCAAAACUGCCAAGAAAGGCUUGGAACUGAAACAGAACUUGAUAGAAGAGCUUCGGAAAUGUGUGGACAUGUACAAGUACCUCUUCAUCUUCUCCGUGGCCAACAUGAGGAACAGCAAGCUGAAAGAAAUCCGCAGCGCCUGGAAGCACAGCCGGAUGUUCUUUGGCAAAAACAAAGUGAUGAUGGUGGCCUUGGGUCGAAGCCCAUCUGACGAGUACAAAGACAAUCUGCAUCAGGUCAGCAAGAAGUUGAGGGGUGAAGUUGGUCUCCUUUUCACCAAUCGCACUAAGGAGGAAGUAAAUGAGUGGUUCACAAAAUACACGGAAAUGGACUACGCUCGAGCGGGGAACAAAGCAACUUUCACCGUGAGCCUGGACCCAGGGCCCCUGGAGCAGUUCCCCCACUCCAUGGAGCCACAGCUGAGGCAGCUGGGCCUGCCCACUGCCCUCAAGAAAGGUGUGGUGACCUUGCUGUCCGACUAUGAGGUGUGCAGGGAGGGUGAUGUGCUGACCCCGGAGCAGGCCCGCGUUCUGAAGCUUUUCGGGUAUGAAAUGGCCGAAUUCAAGGUGACCAUCAAAUACAUGUGGGAUGCGCAGUCCGGAAGGUUCCAGCAGAUGGGCGAUGACUUGCCAGAGAGCGCGCCUGAGUCGGAAGACGAAUCAGAGGAAGACGAUGACAGCUGAUGGGCCCUUGGGACUGAGGGCCUGUUCAGGUCUACUCUUGGCUGGACCACAUGGGACUGCCGCCGCCCCCUGUAGGAGCAGCUGUUUAUUUGGCUGUGGGUGAAGAUGAGAGAGGCGACAGGGACAGACUGUUUCUCUGUAAAUAAUAAAACUUUGUCAGCAGGGUGUCUCCCUGCAAAAGAGACUUUUCUUAAAAA